AUACUAACGGAUUGUAGCAUUCGGUGAAGUCCAAAGUCCCCGGGUACGUCAACAUUGCAUUGUCUCCCACAAAUAGACAUUUAUCAAUGAGUGACAAUUAUGCACGAUUGACUUAUCCUUUAACGAUGUGAAAGUAACGUUGUCCUCUUACAGAGGUUAAUGAUAUGUGCGCACUCUUCGCUCAAAUUAUAUCCCUGCAUCUUUGAGACCAUUCUUUCCUCCUUUUUCUAAUAAUAAUAAUAUCAAUAUCAACCAAUUUGUCAACUAAGUCUUUCUUUCUUUCUAUGCGAUUUUGGUUUUGUGAAAUUAAAGUUGAUAGAUGAUGAAUAUUGAUUGAGUAGUUUGAAGAAAGGAAAAGAAAAGAAAAGAAAAUAAUAUGGAAAUGGAGGAGGAGAGCCUGAGGGACGUAGAGCAGAUGCUGGGGAAGGAGGAGGAUGAUAUAGGAGGGAUGUCAAGAUCAAUAUCAGAAUAUGAGGGGUUGAGGCUCAGAGACCCUCUUCUUCUCAAGAAUAACAGAUUGAAUACUACUUCACAAAUUGCCAUUGUUGGAGCCAAUGUUUGUCCAAUCGAAAGUCUCGACUACGAGAUCAUAGAGAAUGAUCUAUUCAAGCAAGACUGGAGAUCAAGAGCAAGGGGUGAGAUAAGACAGUAUCUCCUCUUGAAAUGGAUGCUCGCACUUCUUAUUGGUUUAGGCACAGGCCUUGUUGCCUUCUUCAAUAACAUUGGAGUUGAGAAUAUUGCUGGUUUCAAGCUUCUGCUCACCAAUGAUCUCAUGCUUAACCACAAAACAGGUAUCAUCAGGCCUUUGCUGUCUAUGCUGGUUGUAACAUGCUUUUAGCCAUGGCUGCAGCUGCCCUUUGUGCCUUCGUUGCCCCUGCAGCAGCAGGAUCUGGCAUACCUGAGGUCAAGGCAUAUCUCAAUGGUGUAGAUGCUCCUUCUAUACUGGCUCCAAGCACCUUAUUUGUCAAAAUUUUUGGUUCAAUUUUUGGGGUUGCAGCUGGUUUUGUUGUGGGUAAAGAAGGACCUAUGGUGCAUACUGGUGCUUGCAUAGGUAAUUUACUUGGACAAGGUGGUUCUAAAAAAUAUGGACUGACAUGGAAAGGGUUCAAAUAUUUUAAAAAUGAUAGAGAUCGAAGGGAUUUGAUCACGUGCGGUGCGGCUGCUGGUGUUGCUGGUGCCUUUCGUGCCCCAGUUGGUGGUGUCCUUUUUGCACUUGAAGAAGCAGCUUCUUGGUGGAGGAGUGCUCUCCUAUGGCGAACAUUUUUUACUGCAGCUGUAGUGGCUGUAGUGUUGAGAGGUUUCAUGGAAUAUUGUAAGGGUGAAAAUUGUGGUCUUUUUGGAGAAGGGGGGUUGAUAAUGUUUGAUGUUAAUUCAGUAAAGCCUGCAUACAGCAUACCUGAUCUACUUGUAGUUAUAUUUCUUGGUGUUAUUGGAGGUCUUUUGGGAAGCCUCUACAAUUAUCUUGUCGAUAAGGUCCUUCGCACUUACAGCGUCAUUAAUGAGAAAGGCCCUAUAUUUAAAAUAAUGCUUGUGAUGAUUUUAUCCUUUCUGACCUCUUGCUGUUCAUUUGGGGUUCCAUGGCUAUCAAAGUGCAUCCCUUGUCCACCUCAUUUGGGGGAUCAAUGUCCAACUGUAGGGCGUUCUGGACACUACAAGAAUUUCCAAUGUCCUCCAAACCACUACAAUGACCUCGCCUCUCUUUUUUUUACUACCAACGAUGAUGCUAUCCGCAACCUCUUUAUUGCCGGCUCCGACAAAAGAUUCCUCCUCUCCAGUCUGUUAAUAUUCUUUGUGACAAUCUACAUCCUCGGAAUCAUCACUUAUGGCAUUGCAAUUCCAUCGGGGUUGUUUAUUCCGGUGAUACUUGCAGGGGCUUCGUAUGGUCGUGUUGCAGGAAGUCUGUUAAGUCGAUUCACAGUUCUGGACGUUGGUUUGUUUGCACUGUUAGGAGCUGCGUCCUUCCUUGGUGGCACGAUGAGAAUGACAGUUUCUCUUUGUGUGAUACUUCUUGAACUCACUAACAACCUCCUCAUGCUCCCAUUGGUGAUGUUGGUACUCCUUAUAUCCAAGUCUGUAGCAGAUUGUUUUAACAAAGGUGUUUAUGAUCAGAUUGUGGAAAUGAAGGGACUGCCUUAUUUGGAAGCGCACGCACAACCAUACAUGAGGCAGUUAAUUGCUAGUGAUGUUGUUUCUGGUCCUUUGUUUACUUUAUCUGGGAUUGAAAAAGUGGGGAAUAUUGUGCACGCUUUAAAGAUAACGAGACAUAAUGGAUUUCCAAUCAUCGACGAGCCUCCUUUCUCAGAUGGUCCAGAGUUGUGUGGGUUGGUUUUGAGGUCUCAUCUCCUUGUACUUGUUAAACACAAGGCAUUUACUAUGGAGCAAAAGGAGAUGCCUUCAAUUUGGAACAAGUUCAGGGCACAUGAUUUUGGGAAAGCAGGUUCAGGGAAGGGGAUAAGGCUGGAGGAUAUAGAGUUAUCAGAGGAGGAGAUGGAAAUGUAUGUUGACCUGCAUCCUAUUACUAACAGGUCACCUUAUACAGUUGUGGAAACAACCUCUCUAGCUAAAACUGCAGUUCUUUUCCGCGAGCUUGGUCUCAGACACUUGUUGGUCGUGCCAAAGACACCCGGAAGACCUCCAAUUGUAGGGAUCCUCACAAGGCACGAUUUCAUGCCCGAGCAUAUAGUGGGACUAUACCCGCACUGCAACCCCGCAACUAAAUAGCUAUCAACCAAUCUAUAUAUAUAGACAUAUCCUUCUAGCUAGUCUACUUCUACCAGAGGUCACGUGAGUGUGCUCGAGAUCAACCAUAACAAAAUUUUGGAUCUUCUCGUCAACUUGAUGUAUUGUUUUUUUUUCCUCGAUAUAUAUAGUUAAUAGGCCUGUAAUAGAAAAUCUUAUACAUCAUAUCAUAAACCAUGCUAUCAUUUCAAGACAUGGAUAUUAUUCCAACUUUUUAUUUUAUUUUA